AUGGGUGGUUUCUGCCGUCUUUGUGUCUCCAAUACAUCUGGCUUACUUAAAAAUAUAUUUACAGUGAUAGGAGAAAGAGCAUUGGAAGCUGUUAUUGCAAGGACUAUAGAACAAGUUGUUCUUGUUCAUUUACACCCAAGAACAGCAAUCAAUGUUACUAUCCAAGAGAUGCAGUCAGAUGGACUUGCUCUCUCAACAAGUGUGAAUGCUGCUUGUAUGGCUCUAAUGGAUGCAGCUAUUCAGAUGAAUAACACCUUUGCUGCAGUCACAUGCUGUAUUACAGGAGAUGACAUCAUAAAGAUUGAACCCACAGAAGCUGAGAUUAAGGAGAGUGUAGCAGUUGCCACAUUUGUUUUUGAAGGUUUGGGUCUCAAGGUCUUGUCAGCCCAUCAGGAAGGUCGUUUGAAUGAAGAAACAUUCCAGUCCUGCCUUAGUAAGUGUCAGAUUGCAGCGAAAGAUGUCUUCAAUUUCUAUAGACAAACCAUGGAGAAAAAGUACAAAGAUGACAUAUACUAAUAAAAACUCAUGAAUUGAUUUUUA